AUGUUCAAGUUCACUGUCGUUGCCGCCGCCGCUCUUGCCGCCACCUCGGCCGUCUCUGCUGCUCAGAUCGGCACUCCUGCCGCCAUCACCCAGUGCCAGCCUGUCUUGCUCAACUGGACCGGCGCCCAGGGCAAGGUCUACGUCAGCGUCAUUCCCGGUUCGCAGCCUUCGGCCGCCCCUCUCGUCACCUUUGCUCCUCAGGACGCCGGCACCACCAGCCUCCGAUGGGUCCCUAACCUCCCCGCUAACACCCCCAUCACCCUCGCCAUCUCGGAUGACUCGGGUGUCCAGUCUUACUCGGGCCAGGUCACCAUCCGUGCCGGUACUGACACCUCGUGCUUGAACAGCAACGCCUCGGCCGCUGCCAGUGGAUCCGCCGACACCACCAACUCUGGAUCCAGCUCCGGCUCCGGCUCUGGCUCCUCCAGCUCCUCCAGCUCGUCGGGCUCGUCGGGCAGCGGCUCCAGCUCGUCUUCCCCCUCGAGCUCCGGCCGUCCCGCGGCGUCCUCUUCCAGCAGCCCGUCCAGCCAGCAGACCGGCUCCUCCAGCAACACUAGCGGUGCCACCAGCUUCCGCGCUGACACUGGCGCUUUCGUCACCUCCGGCCUCGCCGUUGCCGCCGCCGCCAUUGCCAUCUUCGCAUAA